UUAAAAUAAAAACAACUAUUUCAGCGAAAAUACACUCAAAAACUGGUCAUCACAGAAACAAUCUGUUGAUGGAGCCCAAUGGAAUCAAGAAGUGGUACCAAGUGAAGUUAAGACGUGGCUGAUGGAUGUGGCGAAAAAAAUUGAAGAAGUGCAGAAAUUCCUUGAUGAAGUAGAUGUGAAAGCUAAUAUGAUGUGCUUGAAUGGUUCAUGUCCGGAUCUGAAGCUACGCUAUUCCUUGGGUAAGAAAGCUCAAAAGAAUACUCAAGCUAUCAAUGACUUGCUAAAAGAAGGUGAAAAAUAUGAUCGGGUGUACAAUAUUAAAAUUCCAUUAGGAGUGAAAUCAACAUCUACAGAACAGUUUAAGGAUUUUGAAUCGAGAAGAUCAAUGAUUGUAAAUGUUUUGGAGGCUCUAAGGGAUGAGAAGAUCGACAUGAUUGCAUUAUGCGGUAUGGGUGGGAUCGGAAAGACCGAAAUGGCCAAAGAGAUAGCUAGAAGAGUCAAAGCUGAUAGUUUGUUUAAUAAAGUGGCAAUUGCAAUAGUGUCCCAAAAAGUGGACUUGAUAAAAGUUCAAGAUGAAAUUGCUGAGCAGCUAGGCCCUGAACUUCAUGAGAAGACUUUAGUUGGAAGGGCAUCUCAGCUCUAUUCAAGACUGAUGGAUAGUAAGAGUGCUCUGGUAAUAUUGGAUGAUGUUUGGGAACCACUUGAUCUUGGGGCUAUUGGAGUUAUCGAUGCAGUUAAACAAAAGAGCUGCAAAAUCUUAUUGACGUCAAGAAAUGAAGACACUUGCAAUUGGAUGAGAAUUCAAAAGAUUUUUCUAAUUGGACUUUUAUCUGAAGAAGAAGCGUGGAAUCUUUUCAUAGAGAUGGCAGGUGAUUGUACCAAUACCUCCGAUCUAAUCUUAAUUGUAAAACAGGUUGCGAAUGAAUGUGCACGUUUACCCCUUGCCAUUGCGACAGUUGGACGUGCUCUUAGCAACAAAAAUGACAAAAAUGAGUGGAAAGCCGCACUUCAACAACUUAAAAUGUCUAUCCCACAAAAUAUCUAUGGUCUGCAUCCAAAGGUGUAUUCCAGCAUAGAGUUUAGUUACAAUUACUUAGAAAGUGAUGAAGCCAAAUCAUGUUUUCUACUAUGUUGUUUGUAUCCCGAAGAUUAUGAUGUUCCGAUUGAACAUUUAGUCAGGUAUGGUGUUGCAAAAAGAUUUCUUAAAGGCUUCGGUACUGUGGAACAAACAAGAGUAGAUGUCCACACAAUAGUUCAGAAUCUGAGAAGAUCAAAUCUCUUGUUGGAUAGUAGUAAGGACGAAUGCAUCAAAAUGCAUGAUGUUGUAAGAGAUGUUGCCAUAUCAAUUGCAUCCAAAGAAGAAAAUGGUUUUAUGGUAAAGUUGGACAGAGGACUCAAAGAUUGGCCAUCGACGGAUAGAUCAUAUGACAGUUACACUGCAAUUUCUCUUUUACUUGGAGAAAUGAAAGGGCAUCCUACUGAGUUGAAGUGUCCCAAACUUCAGCUUUUACGACUAUCAUGUUUAAACCAGCCAGAAACGUUCCCAGACAAUUUAUUUAACGGGAUGAAGGAGUUGAAGAUGUUGUCCUUGCAAGAAUGUUGCUUCUCCUUAACAUCGUCGCCACCAUCAAUCCAGAUCCUCCAGAACCUUCGAAUGCUAAAUCUGGAGGAUUGUCUUUUAGGAGAUGUGUCGGCAAUUGGAACCCUUGGAAACUUAGAAAUUCUUGGCUUUCCUAAUUCCAAUGUUGUAUUGCCACGAGAAAUAGGAAAUCUUAGUCGAUUAAAGUUACUAGAUAUGAAGGGAUAUUAUUCUAAAAAGUGA